UUCUUGAAUGAAAUGGUACUUUAUGUUGAUGUGCUUCACCUGGGUAUGCAAGGAUGGGUCCUCUGAGAGAUUGAUGGCACUAUUGUUGUCAUAUAAUAGAGGAGUUGAGUCCUUUUGUUCAAAACUGAGUCCUGACAAUAGUGCUCUGAUCCAAAUAGCCACCUUCAUUCAUUCACAUGCUGUGACAUACUCUGCUUCACAUGAUGAUGUAGCAACUGUUUGCUGCUUUUUGGCAUUCCAUAAAAUCAUGUCUGAACCCAGGGUGAAGCAAUUGUUAUGAUUUUUCCCUUUUCUUUUCUAUUCUGACCCCUAUUUAUGCUUAGUCAGGGCACUUAGACCAGGCACUUAGGACAGUGAGACAGGCUUAGUCACCAUAAUAGGCCAAGUCUGCCAUUGUCCUCUGAUGCAGACCCCCUCACUCUCAAUGACAGACAAUACUCUUUUGUAGAUAGUAACAAUGCUCAAAGACAAGGAGCACUAUAGCAUAGAAAUGCACAAUUAGUAGAGAUAUAUUUAACUUGAAC